AUGAGUCACAGUGACUGGGUGGACUGGUGGUUACAGACUGAUUAUGGAUCUAAGAGUAAGAUCAGUUGGGAUGUAACCCACGUUUCAGGGAUUUGGAAGGACUACUUUCAGGUUGCGCAUAGUGCAGAUGGCGCAGCGAAAGUUAUGUGUAAGCGUUGCUGCGCGAUCCUUGAGCACCCUUACACCACUAAGAAGGAUGCUAAUAGGAAGGUUGGGCGUCAUAGUACGACAACUAUGACGAGGCAUCUUAAGACUACUGCCUGCGACCGUACUCCGACCGACAAUCCUUUCUCACAAGAAGGCUGGGAAGACGACCUCUUACAAUUCAUCACUAUAAACCGGCUUCCAUUUCAUCUUAUUGAGCAUCGAAUAUUCCAAAGCCUGAUCUCGCGAGCUCACUCUGCCCCAAACCCUCUAACUAUCCCUUCUGCCGAUACUAUUCGCCGUCGACUAUCGAUUCGAGUUUUAGACCGACAAUAG